AUUCACGGUGUACUGCUGUGUAAAAUGGCGGCGUGGUAGAAUUCGUAGCCGGACUUGUAUCGUUUGUGAAGCCAGUCAGUCAUUGACAACACACCUGCUGUGGCCCUUGAAUCGAAGAGCUGGUGGGAUGGCGAAGAGGAUCGCAGAUAAAGAGCUGACUGACAGGAACUGGGAUCAGGAGGAGGAAGAGGAGGAGGCCGGAACAUUCUCAGUGGCAAGCGAAGAUGUGCUAAAGAACCGUCCCAUUAAGAAAGCCAAGCGCAGAAAUGCAGCCUCAGAAAACGAGACAAGUGGAGCUUUUAAAGGGUUCUCUGGGUUUGGAGGCUUCAAGGGUCUGGGUGGUCUGACCAAUGGGAAUGGUGUUGCUUCCCCGUUUGGUGGCUUCUCUUCUCUUCCCAUCACCCCCUCUGCUAAACCUGAUGUAACGGGCAAUGGCUCCGCCUCCACCGGCGACACCUCGGCCAACGGCUCGGCCCCCCAGAGCUCCGGCGGCAACAGUCAGGAGCUAAAGCGGCAGAUCACCGGACUCAACUGCUCCGUCCGUGACUGGAUCACCAAACACGUGAACAGCAACCCUCUGUGCGACCUCAGCCCCAUCUUCAAGGAUUAUCAGAAACACCUGGACGACAUCCAGAAGAAGUUCGGACUGGGGUCCGGGGAUGCAGCCUCGGAGCAGAAGCAGGGAGGCUCGCUGCCCGCCGCGGCUGCCCCCCCUCCCACAUCCAGUGGCUCACCAGCCACACCUCUGUUCUCCUUCAAAAACACCUCAGAGGACUCCAAAGGCUCGGCUGCUGUGCCCACUCCUGCCGGAGUCACGUUUAACUUUGGGCAGAAGGUGGAUAGUUCCAUUCUGGGCUCUGUCCCGUCCAAAAUGACCCCGGCCAGCUUUUCCUUCUCCACUGGUCAGAGCUCGCUGUUUGGUGGCACCAGCUUAACCACACCGGCGUCUUUUGGCUCUCCGAAAACCGAGGUUGCUCAGCCCACAGAGGAGAACCCUGAUGAAGAGUCAGAGGAGCCUCCCAAACCUGAGGUCAAGGAAGUGAAGGAGGAAGACGCCUUCUACUCCAAAAAGUGCAAACUGUUCUACAAGAAGGAGACAGAGUUUAAGGAGAAAGGAGUUGGAAAUCUGCACCUGAAAGCCACCACAGAGGGAAAAACCCAGCUGAUCAUCCGCGCGGACACCAACCUGGGAAACAUCCUCUUAAACAUCAUCGUGCAAGCGUCCAUGCCUUGCUCAAGGGUCGGGAAAAACAACGUGAUGGUGGUCUGUGUUCCCAAUCCGCCUGUUGACGAGAAGAAUGCCGACAGUCCCGUCCCAAUGCUCAUCCGAGUGAAGACUCCAGAGGACGCAGACGAGCUGCUCAAGACCCUGGAGGAGAAGAAGGGCUGAGCGCACGCACGCACGCACGCACGCACACACGCACACACACACACACACACGCACACACACAC